GAGAGGUUCUAUAGAAAGGUAUGGGCAGGAGAGCACGUGGCUCGGAUUGGUUUUAGCGCGCGCGCGAGGUCUGAUAGACUCCAGUUUAAUUGUUUACUGAUUCUCCUGCGAGAAUGAUCUCCUGCUCCAAAUGAGCAAGUGCUUUCCUGCAAAUGUCUAAGUAACAUCCACCAACGUAUCAAGAAACUGAUGAAAUUAAGAACAGCUGAAUGUGAGAAUAUGGUGUCCAGACGUUCCGGUACUCAGAAAACAUCUUCUGUUGCUGAUCUUCACAUGAGCACACCUUGCAGACCAACACAAAAGAUUACAGGCAAAAAAAGAACUCACUACUGCUCAGAGUGUGGGAAGAGUUUUACUGCACAGAGUCAUCUCCAAAGACACCAGCGCAUUCACACAGGAGAGAAACCGUAUCACUGCUCAGAGUGUGGGAAGAGUUUUACUGCACAGCGUAGUCUCCAAACACACCAACGCAUUCACACAGGAGAGAAACCGUAUCACUGCUCGGAGUGUGGAAACCGUUUUACUACACAGAGCAAUCUCCAAAUACACCAGCGCAUUCACACAGGAGAGAAACCAUAUCACUGCUCAGAGUGUGGGAAGAGUUUUAGACAAAGUGGUGACCUCAGAAAACACCAACGUAUUCACACAGGAGAGAAACCAUAUCACUGCUCAGAAUGUGGUAGGAGUUUUAGUCAACAGCGUAGUCUCCAAACACACCAGCGCAUUCACACAGGAGAGCAACCGUAUUACUGCUUAGGGUGUGGCAAGAGUUUUACUGCACAGUUCAAUCUCCAAAUACACCAGCGCAUUCACACAGGAGAGAAACCAUAUCAGUGCUCAGACUGUGGGAAGAGUUUUGCUGUAAAGUGUAAUCUUCAAAGACACCAGCGCAUUCACACUGGAGAGAAACCGUAUUACUGCUCUGAAUGUGGGAAAAGUUUUAGAGAAAGUGGUGCCCUUAAGAGUCACCAACGGAUUCACUCCUGAAAGAAACUGUAUUAUUGCUCAGUGUGGGAAGAGCUUCAGACUUUCAAAUUUUAAGACACAUGCAUGAUUUGAUGCUUUUAAAUCCUCUAUGAUUAAGGGACAGACUGUACCCUUCCCAGGAGAGAGUUACUGGGACCUACCCCUGGAGAAAGGCUAGGGUUAGUAUUCCUUGGCAAGCACCUGUUGGCCAUGGAGCCCAUGUCACCUGUCCAGGCUCAGCUCAAAAAGGCAACAUGUGGUGACCACAAGGAGCCACCACCCAAAAGGUCCAGCAUGGGGGACCUGUGCAGUGCCAUAUAGGCAGUAGGAAAUGGCAGCAUGGACCCCUGCACUGGAAACUGGACCUUGGCACAUGGAAUGUACCCUCACUGGGGGAGGGGCCAGAGCUUGUGCAGAAAGAUCAGAGGUACCCACUAGAUAUAGCUGGGCUCAUCUCCACCCACAGUGUUGGCUCUGAAACCAAACUCCUUGAUAGGGGAUGGUCCCUCUCCUACUCAGGAGUUGCACAGGAUGAGAGGCACUGAGCGAGUGUGGGGAUACUCACAAGCCCCCAGCUGGCUGCUGUGCAGUAGGAGUUUGUCCUGGUGGACGAGAGGGUCGCGUCAAUGUGAAGUAAAAUUGCAAGGAAGAAAUCUCUGACUGUGUGUGCUUAUGCACCAAAUAACUGGAUCCUAGUAGUUUGGAGUAUUCAGCCUUCUUGGAGUGAGUGGGUGGGUUCUGGAAAGAGCCCCAUCUAAAGACUCCGUAGUCUUGAUAGGAGAUGAUGCUGAUGUUUGCAGUGACUAGGAAACAUGGAGGGGGUGAUAGGGAUCAGGGCCUGCCUGAUCUAAACUUGAAUGGUGAAUUGUUUUUGGAUUCCUGUGCUAGUCAUGGAUUGUCCAUAACGAACACCAAGUUUGAACACAAGCACGUUCAUAAUUGUACUUGGUAAGAAUGCAUUAAUAAUAUACAUCUUAUCAGGAAAAUUAAAUCCAAAAAAAAAGAAACAAAGUAAACUGUCUACAGUAGAUGACCUGUGGCUUAUACUAAAACACCCAGUGUAACACCCAGUGUAACACCCAGUGUUAAUGGCCUGAAACCUCAGCCAGUGCUAUAGAUGAAUCUUUUCACCAUAUUUUUCCACUUAAAACAGCCAGUUUGUGACCAGAUAGAUGAUCCUAAAAGUACGACAUUCAUGAAUUAUACAAUGUUCUAUUUUGAAAAAAAGAAUGGAUAAAUAGAUUUUAAAUAAAUAAAUAAAAUUUUAAUUUGGAUUUGGAUCACCUUCCAUUGUACCAGAGUACAAUGAGCACCAGUUAUUUCUUUCCAGUGCUGCUUUUUUUUGUUUGUUUUACUGUUUUUCUCUACUUUGUUUGGAUUUCACAUUUUGAGUCUUUGGAUUACUAGCACAUAGAUUUUGUGGAACAUGCUUGUUGAUGGAUGCACAUACGCUAUUGCCAAAAGUAUUUGCUUGUCUGCCUUCACACCCACAUGAACUUGAGUGACAUCCCAUUCUUAAUCCAUAGGGUUU